CUAGUAGUCACCGUCCGAUGGAGUUCAAGACCGGGCAGGUCACUCCUGGGUUCCUUGCGGCGAGAAAUAUACGGUCCAGUGACCUCCCCACUACCUUGGCCCCGACUCUCAGUCUCCGAACCUGGCCCGGUCGAAGUCUACCCGGACUUCUCUGUACAGUACUGCUUGUACUGCACAUAAUCUCAUUCCUCCACUAUCAAAUCCAUCCUUCUUUCCUUCCUCUGCGCCUUCCCUCAAAUCCCCCCACAGCUCAUCAACCCUUUUCUCCCAUCCUCUCUCUACUUCUCCCUCUCUUUACCCCGUUUCCCGUUUCUAGUGUUUUUGCUUUAAAUUACAGAAACUGGUAAUUCUCUCACGUUUCGGAUAUCGCAGGUCCUCCGCCCUUGCUCUCUCGUCUCAUCAUUCCACCCUUCCUACGCCUCCAAUGCGCUCUUCGAACCACGCUUGACACCUCCCCCGGUACUCAAUCAUCCAGGCGCAGGCCCUAAACCCUCGUUUACACCAAUCUGUCAUACAUUCAAACAACGCUGAGAGAUGGUGGCUCCGGCCUCCACCGUUCCAACAUCCAUGGCUGCUCAAUCCUCCAUGGGCCGCCAGCCCACUCGCUCGGCCAGCACCCACCCGUCGCAUUCACACAAUGUACCUUUGAGCGCUCGGAGAUCUGCGCCUCUGGAUCUCUCCACGGUAGAGCGGCGCGGCCAACCCAAUGCUCCUCGUGAGCCCUCCAAGCGCGUGCGCCCUCAUGGUUUGCCCGAGGCGCCGACAUUUCGGCCAACCGAGGAGGAAUUUAAGGAUCCCGUGGCAUACAUUCAAAAGAUUGCGCCGGAAGGAAGGAAAUAUGGAAUCUGCCGAGUGAUCCCUCCGGAGAACUGGCAGCCCCCCUUCGCGAUAGAUACAGAGCGAUUCCACUUCAAGACCCGUCGACAGGAACUUAACUCGGUCGAAGGAGGAAACCGCGCGAACAUGAACUAUAUCGACGGGCUUGCCAUGUUUCACAAGCAGCAUGGAACGAAUUACAGUCGAUUGCCCAGUGUGGACAAACGCCCUCUGGACCUCUACAAGUUGAAAAAGGCCGUCGAGGUGCGAGGCGGGUUUGAGUCCGUCUGUAAAACUAAGAAAUGGGCUGAAAUUGGUCGUGAUCUUGGCUACAGCGGAAAGAUCAUGUCCUCUCUGUCUACUUCGCUCAAAAACUCAUACCAGCGGUAUCUGCAACCGUAUGAGGAGUACCUCGCCCGCGCGAAGCCUGGCGUCCAACAACAGCUUGAAAUGGAACAUGGUGGCCCCUACACCCCGUCUCCGCGUCAGUCGCCUAUGACCAAGAAGCCCGGUUUGGAGGAGAAUGGUACCCCAUCCAAAACCCGCGAUGGAACCCCUUCGAUACGCAUGGCUCCGGUGAUGAGCACCCCGGUCGAAAAGGCCACUGAUAAGCCCACCCCCUCUGUGGAGCCUACACCUCCCCCUCCGCCUCGCCCAGCUCCCUCCGGCUUCACUCCUGUUAAUGCCAGUGCAGGUGGUUUCACCGCUGUGAAUCACUCUCCGGCGUUUACUCCAGUCAACAAUGGUCCGUCCAUCAAGCACGAAGCUGAUAAUGGGGUCUCGACGCCGAAGAGUGUCUCUGAGCAUCCCUCUCAGUUCACGCCAGUGCCGAACGGACAGCCUGGACAACCUGUGAAGCGUGCCAUCAGCCAUGAUGACAGCGGCUCGCAGGCCGAGAAUGGGGAUGAUGGUGGAAGUGGGCGCCGUAGCAAGCGCCUCAAGAAAGAUAUGCCACCAACCGUGGCCGGGUCUCACAUGUCUCUCCUUCGACCAGCACCACCCAAAGGUCGCAAUGGCGUGCAAAGGACUGGAGAUAAAUGCGAGUCAUGCGGCAAGUCGGAUAAUCGCUCAACGAUUCUUGUAUGCGACAGCUGUGAGCUUGGAUACCAUACGACGUGUCUUGAUCCCACUACCACCUCGGCUUCUGAUCACGAUUGGCAUUGCCCAAAGUGCCUAGUUGGCACCGGAGAGUUUGGCUUCGAGGAUGGCGGUGUAUACUCCCUCAAACAAUUCCAGGAGAAGGCCAACGAGUUCAAAAAGCGUUAUUUCGCCUCAAAGAUGCCGUUUGAUCCGGUUCUCAACACCCACCGACGGGAGACUGAGGAUGAUGUCGAAGCCGAGUUCUGGAAGUUGGUGGUGGAUCUGCACGAGACUGUCGAAGUCGAGUACGGCGCCGACAUCCACUCUACUACUCAUGGUAGUGGCUUCCCAACUAUUGAGCGCAACCCUCUUAAUCAGUAUUCGUCCGAUCCGUGGAAUUUGAACGUUCUGCCGUUUUACGGUGAUUCACUGUUCCGUCAUAUCAAGUCUGAUAUUUCCGGCAUGACAGUGCCGUGGGUCUAUGUUGGAAUGUGCUUCUCGACUUUCUGCUGGCACAAUGAGGAUCAUUAUGCCUAUUCUGCGAACUAUCAACACUUUGGCGCUACCAAGACUUGGUAUGGUAUUCCCGGUUCCGACGCCGAGGCCUUUGAGAAUGCCAUGCGGGAGGCAGUCCCAGAGUUAUUCGAGGGCCAGCCCGAUCUUCUUUUCCAGCUUGUCACGUUGAUGCCUCCUGACAAACUUCGCAAGGCUGGUGUCAACGUCUAUGCAGUGGAUCAGAGAGCAGGCCAGUUUGUCCUUACUUUCCCUCAAGCCUACCAUGCUGGGUUCAACCAUGGAUUCAACUUCAACGAGGCUGUCAACUUUGCACCUGCCGACUGGGAGCCUUUCGGCGCUGCAGGAGUUGAGCGUCUUCAGACUUUCCGUCGACACCCUUGCUUCUCUCACGAUGAGCUGCUAUUUACAGCAGCAGCGCGAGACAAUUCCAUUACAACAGCAAAGUGGCUUGCUCCUGCGCUUGAGCGAACUACAAACAGGGAAUUACAUGAUCGUGCAUCGUUCCUCGCUCGCCAUAGAGAUGCGGCACCUCAUAAUUGCGGGCUUGGUGCCAACCCCCCCAAAGGUGAUUGUCAGCUGAAGUUCGUAGUAGAGGAGGAGGACCUCCCAGAGGAUGAUUACCAGUGCCAGCACUGCAAAGCGUACACUUACCUCACUCAGUUCCGUUGCCACAAGUCAGGCAAGACACUCUGCCUUAUGCAUGCGGAGGUCUACGACUGCUGUGGUGAACCCCCAUCACAGAAGCUGCUCGGGCCUGGUCAUACGCUUCGCUACCGCAUGAGCGACGAUCAGCUCAAAGCAGCAGUGCUAAGGGUUCAGGAACGUGCUAGGAUUCCGGAAAUCUGGGGAGAAAAGCUCGACAAGACCUUGGAGGAUGAGCCUAAGCCCCAGCUAAAGGCUCUCCACAAUUUGCUCAGUGAAGGUGAGAAAAUCCCGUACCACCUGCCUGGCCUCCAAGAUCUUGCGGCGUUCGUCCAGCGCUGCGAUAAAUGGGUUGAGGAAGCGAACAAUUAUAUCACCCGGAAGCAGCAGAACCGGAGAAAGAACGAGAAGGCGUGGCGCAAACCCGGCUCCAAGGCGGCGCAGCUGGACGAUCGCGACCGAGAAGUCCGCAAAGUGGAGAACAUCUACGCCCUUCUGGCAGAGGCUGAUAAACUUUCCUUCGACUGUCCACAGAUGGCGGCCCUGGAAGAGAAGACCCGCGAAAUCGAGAAAUUCCGUCAGGACCUUAACAUUGCCCUGAGGAACCCGCAUACCCGAUCGGCCCAAGAGAUCGAGGACCUUGUUGAAGCUGGCCGAAACUUCAACGUCGAAAUCCCGGAAGUGGAACACCUGGAAAAAAUCCAUCAGCAAAUGAAAUGGACCGAAGAAGCUGCCCGCAAACGGGAGCAAUACCUCACGCUUAAGGACUGCCAGGAUCUGAUUGUCUCUGGAGAGCAACUUGGUGUCAAGGACAAUAACGAGCAUUUGCUCCACUUGAAGGAAAUGUCUCGCCACGGUGAGGCCUGGGAGGCCAAGGCUCGGGAGCUAAUAGCCGUCGAAGCGGUUCACUAUCAACAACUGGAAGCUCUCUCCGCACAAGCCUCUCGAUUCCCCGUAUCCCCCGACACCCUCGCGGCCGUUGAUGCCAUCUUGACCAAGCAACGGGAAGCUCAGAAGCGGAUUCAGACGCUCUAUGAGAAAAGCAAAGACCCGGAAUUGAAGAACCGCCCCAAGUAUAAGGAGGUUCGGGAACUCACGGAGUCUUUGGAGCAGCUCAACAGUCGUCCGAUCGGGGCGAUUGAUCUGGAACGCGAGCAGAAACGCCAUGAGGAUUGGAUGAGGAAGGGCAAGAAGCUCUUUGGCAAGGCAAAUGCUCCUCUGCAUAUCCUGAAGUCACAUAUGGAGUACGUGGAGAACCGAAACUCUUACUGCUUCGAUUUGGAGGAUAGCUAUCGACCGCCCGUGGAGCCCUCGUCUCGGGACAACACUCCCGAUGGGUUACUUGAGACCCCUGCUCCCAACGUGUGGGGGCCGAAAUCUCGGAAGCGCGACGUCUUUUGUAUUUGCCGUCGUUCCGAAGCGGGAAUGAUGAUUGAAUGCGAAGUCUGCCACGAAUGGUACCAUGGCAAAUGCUUGAAGAUUGCGCGCGGCAAAGUCAAGGAGUUUGACAAGUACACCUGUCCCAUCUGCGACUGGCGGCAAAAGAUUCCUCGAGACGCAGCUCGACCCAAGCUCGAAGACCUGCUGGAUUGGCAGACGGAAAUGGCUAGCUUGCCUUUCCAGCCUGAUGAGGAGGAGGUUCUUGAGAGAAUUAUCAACCAAGCUACUGCCUUCCGUGACUUCCUUCAUGGUUUCACCAAUGCUGCCUGUACCACCACUGAGGAAGUACCGACGUUGAUCUUCUACCUGCGAAAGAUCGAGGGUGCCGAAGUUCUUUUGGCCUACGAGACCAAUUUCUUCCGUCAGGAGAUUCACAAGUGGGCCCCCGUUGCACCAGAGGCCCCUCCGAUCCUCGAGCAGUCUCUGUCAACCCGCAAGCCGCGCCCGACAAAGCAGCAGAAGAUCAUGGCUCAACUUGGCGUUGACCGACUGGAGGACCUUCCCGAGCACCUCCGCACAAAGCACAUGGUGGCGGGCAAGCGAAAGUCAAUCGAUGCUCAAACGUCCCGACCCACCUCUUUACAGCCCGCACCAUCUCCUCCUAGUAACGGUGUGCCCACAGCCACUGGACCCACGUUGACUCCCAUGCCGGAUGCCAGUGCGGCGGCGUAUCCUUUUUCUGCGAAUUACUCUCUUCCCGCAAGUGAUUCCACCCCUGCAUUUGCGCCAACGUCCUCUUCCGCAUUCCUACCUGGUGCCGCGGCCUCCGAGUCUCCCUCUUUCCUUCACCGAUCGCCAACGCCUCAGCAGGGCAUGGAGCCUCUCUUCAGCCCUCCCGGCUUUGGCCGUGAUGCCCAAUUUGCUAGCAGCAGUCCUCGUCAGAACUUGGACGAUGUCUUUGCGGACCUCACGAACCAAGAAGAAGUUGAGCCCGAGACCGAGCCCAUGGAGAAUCUUCACGCAACCGAAGCCCUUGAGGCUCUCAACGCUAGUAAUGGUAGCAGUCGUGCUCCAUCACCUCAUGACGAUGCAGUUCCCAAUGGGGAAGCACAAACCACCGCUGCUUCUACUGCAGAGACGAACGAGAACCCCGAGUCCGAGCUAUGAUUGUUUUUUCUCUCUGGUUGUUCUGGAAUGAUUUCUUUUUUUUUAACCCCGUCUGAACUCCUUCCGAGUCUCUCACAUACUUCAUGUUUCUGUUUCAUCUUUUUUCUUCCUUUUUCCUCCUAUGAUGGAGUGACUCUGGUCCAUUCUCCUCUCCCACGCAGGUUGAUUCUUCAUUCCGCUUUUCAAAGAUGUACUACAAGGGGUGCGGUGCCAGGGCCAGGCGAAUGUCCGCGGAGUUGAGGUUGGUUUUCUAUUGCAGCGGUUUUGAUACACUUUACCCCGGAUGGUGUUUGAUACUACGUGCCCUAUUACACCCUCUAUUUUCUUCUGUCCUCUUUUGAGAUUCUCUUUUUUUUUCGUCUCCGAUCCAGGCUAUGUUUCCUAUGAUGACCGAGGCCGUCCGUUGUUUUGGGUAUGUUUGAUUUCCCUCUUGCUCUUGCCCGUCAUCGAUAUCUUGUAUUACUAGUUGAAUGCAGCCGUUAUCCAACCGACUAUCUCGGUACUUCCUCUCCUCAGGGCUAGUCAUAUUUAGCACUUUGACGAUAGAAUUCUAUUCCUUCCGGUGUAUUCGCAGUAGUUCUGGACGUCUUCCAAGUCAUUUAUGCAAAUGAUAUCUUGGCACCUUUCGUGCAUGCAGUAUCUACCUCCAGGUUCAAGACUCUCUAUCUCGGCCCAACCAUCUUUACACGACCCGGUCAAAGUAUGCCGACAUCGCAGCUUGCCCACCAGUAUGGAUGAACAAGACAUUCACCUGUCGCAACCCAUUUUUCUCGGCAUAUUCUAUCAUUUCCUCGCCUUGUGCCCAGUGCAUCAUCCCUGCCGCGACCUUGGCCGUAUACACCGGGUCCAAUACAAUGCCUUCCGUCUCGGCCAUCAUCGACAAUGCCUGGCGCGUCUCAUCAUCGACCACUCCGUACCCCUCUCCCACAAACCGAUCAUCUAAUUGCACAUCAUCCAUGGUAAUUUCCCGUUCAGAAUUGGACAGACCAAUCAAUUGUCCCGCCCGUCUCGCAAACCGAAGCACGCGCUCUUCAUGAUAUGCGCGUGGUUUAGUCGGGGAGUUGAGAAUGCCGAUGAUAUUCCGUGAUGCCCGGGGCGAAUUCUCGGCGGCGCCCAUUCGCAGACUGUCCACUAACUUGAACCCAGCUAUUAAUCCGGCCACGGUACUCCCACUCCCGCAGGCGACGAAGAUAAAAUCGAAGCGGCCGGAGCUGCCGAGUGGGCAUUCGCGUUCUUGUUCGGCAAUCUCAAAGGCGGCUCGGGCGUAGCCUAGACCUCCGAGAUGAUGUAGACUUGCCCCGCCGGGGAUCCAGUAGGGUCUUUGGCCUGCGUUUCGGAGCUCUUCCAGGACGGGUUGUGCGUCCGUCGCUUCUGGGUCGUUUGCGUUGUACGUGCGGAUUUCCGCGCCGAGCAGUUUAUUGAUUUGCACAUUUCCUAGUUGGGCGAAGUGCUCGGGCGAGGAGCUUGUCUUGUAUCCACCGCCCGUGUCGCGGUUCAGCAGGACCAGGGCUUUGAGGCCUAGGUUCCGGGCGAGGGCGGCGACUUGGACGGUAUGGUUGCUUUGGAGAGCACCUUCCGUGACGAGGAUGGUGGCUUGGCCCUGGAGGGGUUGAGUGGUUGGAUGAAAUUCAUGGUAGUGGUAUGUCGGUCUUUGGGAGCGGAUGUCCGGGACGAUGUAUUCGAGUUUGCGGUAUUUGUUGCCUGCGCAGGCGAGCGGGGAGCCGUGGUCUUCGCGUUUGGCGAAGAUGCAAAUCCGGGGGGAAGGGUGGGCGUGGGGGGUUCUGGUGCUUAUCCGCGUGAGGGUGGGGAGGGUGUGGAUUGGAGAAGGAUCGGGGUAUAGAAUGGGGUGACGAGGGAGUUGGUUGAAGGGUGGAGGCAGUUGAGUGCUCGUCCUGGACCUCAUGUUUGGGCAAUGCGUGGUGCUUGAAUUCUGUGGCAGCGCUGGUGCUGGUGACUGUAAUGUGAUUGUUGAUCGUUGAUAUUGUGGUUCGGUGGGGGAAUUCGAUGACGUACUUUGAGAUUGGACUUGCCAAUUGGACGAGGCUCUUAAGUUACUCGGAAUUGACCCUGCAUUAAGGGCAUCCUAGGUCCGAAGUUUCAUUCCACCGCGACGCCGUCGAGCUUUCAGAUUCCCAUUUUGAUAUUUCUUGAGG